AAUUCUGGGCCAGUUUUGUCGGAUCGCCAUUGGCGGACCCAUCUUCGGAGUAGCUUGCGGCCAUUUCUUCGUCUUCUGGCUCUCUCGGAUCUUCAACGACGCCGUAUCUGAAAUCACGCUCACAAUCGUAGCCGCGUAUUUCACUUUCUACGUUGGUGAAGUCAUUUUAAAGGUAUCCGGUGUGAUGGCCGUUGUCUGCCUCGGUGUCGUCAUAAACUCCAAGAAGACGUCCAUUUCGCCUGAAGUGGAACCAUCUUUGCACAUGUUCUGGGAGAUGCUGGCCUAUCUGGCUAACACCGUCAUCUUCAUCCUCGUCGGCAUCGUUAUCACAGAGCAGGCAGCAGUGGUGUUCACCAAGAAGGACCUGCUGGACAUCUUUGUACUCUACAUUGGAGCAAACUUCAUCAGGGGCGUCAUGGUGAUGUCGUUCUUCCCGCUGCUGUCGCGGAUCGGUUACGGCUUGUCGUGGCAGAGCUCGCUCGUCAUCAUCUGGGGUGGCCUGCGCGGCGCCGUCGGCCUCUCGCUCGCGCUCAUCAUCUACCAGGACCCGUACCUGGGCUCCUCCGCAGACCGCACCAUCAACAUCACCGGUGCGGACGGGCACGAAAUGGUCGUGCACAAGGUCAUCGGAGAAAAGUUCCUGAUUCACACGGCGUCGCUGGUGUUCUUCACGCUGUUCAUCAACGGGACGACCACGGCUCCCUUGCUGAAGAUACUCGGCAUGUCUGACAUUAGCUCGGCCGCCAAGAUGAACUAUGGCGCACGCCAUAUCGCAGCUCAGGGAAACCAGGAGCAAGGCCAUAUCCAUGCUCAAGAUGGACCGCUUCCUGGCUGAUGCCAACUGGGACAUGGUGGAGAAGUACACCUUCAUCGUCAACCCGUACCACACCAAGGACAUGGACGACAAGGUGCUGCUCAUCGACGAGUUCUUGUACCCCAGCAUGCGACACUCCACCUGCCCCGAGUGCAACAGCAAGGUCUUCAACGAGCCCACACCCAACGAACAGUUCGAAAUGGCCAACGACGCUCGGGUCCGGUACCUCAAAACGGAGAAGUCGGGCGAGGUGGACUCGGAGACGGGCGAGGCGGUGCCGGCCGACACCUCCGCGCCGCUCGUCGUGGCCGACGACAAGCCGGCCGUCCUCGUGACCAGCAGCACCAACUGGUCGGCUCAGCAGGACGAGGACGAGCAGUCGAUUCCCGACGAGGGCCCCACCUACGAGGAGCUCGACGACGCGCGCCGCCGCUACCUACAAGUCGAGCGGAUCUCGUACUGGCGCCAGUUCGAGCACGGCAUGAUCAGUGCCGACGCCGUCCGCACGCUGGUCGGCUCCACCGAGGUGGCAGCCGACAUGGAGGGCGCUUUCCUCUCCAUUGACGAGCUACGCAAGUCCUGGGAGGUACGUGGCGUCUUCGCCUGGAUGCGGCAGCGACUCGAGUCGGUAGCCAAAACAACGGAGCUGGACGAGGAUGAACAGGAUCUGCCGCAGGCCAAGUUCCGACAGGUGAUCUACCACAAACUGGUGAACACUACCUGGUUUGAGGUGCUCGUCUACAGCGUGAUCCUACUCAACAUGGUGCUGAUGAUACUCGAGUAUACCACCUGGUACGGCGCCAGCAGCAACCACGAUCACGACGAGCCGUCGGCGUCGUCCACCGUGGCACCACACAGCACCACACAGACGCCGAUCAUGUCGACCGCGCCGGGCCUGAACAGCAGCGCCUCUGGCGCUGGGCGCGCUGUAGGCCGCGACGACACCAAGGAGCAUAAUCUGCGCCAGCUGGAGCUGCUGCGGUUCGGCAUCAACAUCUUCUUCUUCGUCUUCUAUGUCGCUGAGGCGGUGCUCAAGGUGCUGGGCCUCGGCUUCUGCAACUACUGGCACUCGCACUGGAACAAGCUGGACUUCGCGGUGGUGCUGCUCUCCGUGGCCGACAUCGUGUUCGAGAUCUGCGACAUGGUCAUCCGGGAGGGCGUCGACGAGAAGUACAAGAUCCUCAGUCCGGCCAUCCUGCGUAACAUCCGCUUCCUACGUCUGUUUCGCCUCACCCGGGUCCUGCGGCUCAUCAAGCCGGCGGUGCCGCGGAUUCUCGACUUCUUGAAUAGGCAGGUGAACCAGCGGCUGUCGCUGGGGUACGACAUUGGCAAGGGCUAUGUGGUGGGUGAGGAAGAGGUAUCCAAGUAUCUCAACCACAUGGUGGAUCACAAACAGAUUCUGGAAAGCCUGAAGCGUCUAUCGGACGAGAGCAGGCUGAUGGUGAUUAGGGACCUGGGCAUGCUGCAGCGGGAACACCCUGGCAUAGCCAUAGCUGUCAAGACGCGCCAGGCGGUCCGCUCCGUGCUGAACAACGUCAGGGAGACGAUCACGGACCUCAAGGAGGGAGGUCUUCUCGACGAAGCGGAGUACGGCAGACUCGAGCACAUCAUUGAUGACCGCGUCAAACUACUGAUGGUGGCUCCGCCCUACCUACCUCCACUUCCGCCAACCGAGCUCCUGAAGAACAUCCCUUGGGUUGGCAAGAACCAGGAGCUCAUUGACCACCUUGAGAGCCGCGCACAGCUCGUGAAUCUGGACUUUGGCAACGAAAUCAUGAACCAGGGCGACACCUCGGACGGAAUCUACGUGGUGGUGUCGGGCAUGUUGAAAGUGGAGUGCCGGGAGCUAGGCCAGCUUCAGGAGGAGAUCCAAAAGACGGGCCUGGUGCCCAACUCGGAGAUCAUGUCGCCGGCGCAUGACACCACGGUGCUGCGCGACUACAUCGGAGCCGGCAACGUCGUGGGCGAGGUGGGCCUGCUAACCGGCCGCUCGCGGGACGCCAGUGUCCAGUGCGAGACCGCCGUCCAGGCCUACUACAUCCCCAACGAGGUGAUGUCCGAGAUGAUGGCGAAGUUCAACGAAGGGCCUGAAAACCUGGAGUACCUAAUAUGGCGCAGCAUUGGAAUGCGGGUGGCCAUCAACGUUCUCAUGGACCAGGCCCAGUACCAGUCAUGGACGCAGCAGAAAAUCAAGCUUUACGUUGAGAAGUGCUUCAUGCCGAAGCUGGACUACAAGAAAACAUUCACGUCCGGUGACCUACUCGACGAUGUCAUACUUAUCCAAGGGCGGGCGAUCAACCCGCAUACCCGAGAGGUGUUCACUGCGCCGGCGUACGUGCCGCGCACGGUGCACCAGCUGGGCUUCCUCACGGACAAGAAGACGGGCGUGCCGGCGUCCCAGGCGCUGCCCAAGAUCGUGGCGUUGCCCAACGCCGACAUGCCGCAGUCGGAGAUCUGGGAGAUGGUCGGCUACGACGCCGACGCCAUCGCCAACAAGGCCAUCUCGACGGCCAGCUGCAACAUGCACAGCGCUCCCGGACGUGCCUCCCGACCGUCGCUCGUCGACUCGCGGCUGUCCCGGGGUGUCUCGAGAACGGGCGACCGUCCCUCCAUGCUCCGGGUGAGCGAAUGAAGCGUGGGCGGCAGCUGCCGUGCUGCGAGCGCGCGCUGAGAGGGGCGUCGGCCCAUGCGUGUGGGCGAGCGUGUUUGUCUUUGGUGUUUUGCGGGACAGCAUGUGCGACUGUCGGUGUGGGGCGAUGGAAGAGUUUAAGCUUGGUCGUAGAUCGGGUUUGUGAUCUUGUCAAGUCUGUUGCCUUAAGUGGUGCAUUUCUGUGUGGUUGCGUAUAGCUCUCAGAUGCCUAACUGUUGUAUACUGUGCUGUAGCUGUUGUAACAAAAAGCCAUUGUACGACUGCUUAUGAGUUGAAACAGCUAGAGAAUAUCCUUGCAAAUGGUGGUUACGAUCAUAGAUCUUUAAAAAAAUAUGUAUUUAACCACGAGCUAUAAGAUUUAUGCGAGCAAAAUGCUGAUAACACCACGGCAUUUAUGGUGUAUGCGACGCACUGACCUCUACAGAAUGCAGUUGUACAUUCGCGUCCACGACUCAGGCAUUAACGGGGCAGGUGAAAUAUUCGCAGACACUAGGUAGAGCGAACACAUUUGAUCCAGUCAUAAUUUCCGAAGCAGCUUUCAGUAGCUCCACUGGGUGUCCAAUCAUUGGUCAGAAACAUCCAGGAGUCGGUGUUACCGCAUCAUCCAAAUAUGGCAGUUCAGUAGACAUUGUUCUGUUGUUUCGUUACCAACGUGUGCAACUAGAUGAUUUAGAUGCACCGGCUGCGUGCGCCCGCGUACCCGUGUGUGAGCCGUGACCACCGCUGUACAUAACAA